GCCAACCACUCCCUGGCACAAUUUGGAAAGAUGUAGGAUUAGUAUCAGAAUCUCACCUCUUAAAUUCACUAAUGUCUUCUCAUGAUCCAUGCCCUGAGCAUUAGGUUUCAGAGGAACUAGAUUUUAUGCUUCUGAGCUAGCCAAUCUGGAAUAACUUCUGAUUAUGGUAUCAAAUUUAUCUUAUUUUGGCAGAUAAGUAACUCGUAGGCUUUCACUAAUCAGUGGUGUUAGAAACUAGAUCAGCAAUCUACACCAUCCGCUCGCUUCGGUAAAUCUACACCGUUCCUCCCUACACCUCAUCCUCCAUCAAUGCGGCUCCAGUACCCAUUCCUCCAUCGGCGCGGCAGCAUCCAGUUCAUCUGCGACGACAAGGCGUCUUCACCAACCACACCCUACUACAAGUGGUGUCAGUCCAUCUCAGAUAAGUGGAGUAAUUUGUUUGUAUAUAUAUCUUCUAUAUUAUUUCUGCCCUAAUCCUGAUUAAUAGCCUAAUCACGCGACAACUAAUACAUGUUGAUUUCUUUCCUUAGACGACGUCAUGCACAUGUGAGAUCUAGGGAGAGGAAGAGGAGGAAGGGUUGUGGGGACCGGGGGUGCGAGAUGGUGGAUUCACCUGCAACUACAAGAAAACAAAGAGCGAGAGAUUUACAGAAACCUCUAGAGCCGUGGAGGAGGAGGAGAUUUGGAGGAUCUCUACGACACUGAUGGAUUAGUUAAGGAACAAAAGAUCACAUCGUGUCCGGUAACCAGAUUCAGAUGUGGACGCCGUGCGUGGGUGCGAGGCCAAGCCGAGGUGAAAGAGAUGAAGAGCGUGACCAAGAACUUCCUGAUUUUUCAUCAUUUAUUCCAUUCUUACCUCCUCUGAGUGCAGCUAAUCUAAAGGUCUACUAUGCCACACGUUUCACCAUCAUAGUUGGGAUAAUGGUGUUCGGUGGUUUUCUUGCACCAAUCGUAAGUCACAGUUCUCAAUUUUGGAACCACUGAUGGUU